AUGAUUGAUCAAGGCAGUGCUGCUGAUAUAAUGUACCCAAAUUUGUACAAGGGGCUAGGUUUGAGGCCUGAGAACUUAGCAGCCUACAGCUCCCUUCUGGUGAGUUUUGAGGGAAGGAUGGUCGUUCCAAAAGGCCAGAUCAAAUUACCUGUACAAACCGAUAUGGAUGUGGUGGAGGUGGACUUCAUCGUUGUGGACGUUUUCUCUCCGUAUACGGCUAUUAUAGGCAGACCUUGGCUUCAUACCUUGGGAGCAGUCUCAUCUACUCUACAUCAGAAGGAGAAGGAGCGAUUGCUGCAAUUCCUCAGAGAAAAUGUCAAUGUGUUCGCAUGGAGCCCAUAUGAAGCCCCAGGUAUAGAUCCGAGUUUCAUCUGUCAUCGACUCAAUGUGAAUCCUACCAUUAUUCCGAAAAGACAGCCACCUCGGGGCCCAUCAAAAGAGCACGCCGAAACUGUCAGAAGUGAGGUGGCUAAGCUCAAGCAGGCCGGGGCUAUCAAAGAAGUUUUGUACCCUCAAUGGCUAGCCAAUACAGUAGUGGUGAAAAAGAAGACUGGGAAAUGGCGAGUGUGCGUGGACUUCACGGACCUCAAUAAGGCUUGUCCUAAGGAUCCUUUUCCUAUGCCGAAGAUAGAUCAGUUGGUGGAUGCAAUACUGGGCAGAAACAUUGAAGUCUAUAUCGAUGAUAUGAUUGUGAAGAGUAAGGUGGUGUUCGAACAUGUGGAAGAUCUUACGAGCAUUUAUGGAAUACUGACAAAGCAUAAGCUACGUCUGAAUGCCUCAAAGUGUUCCUUUGGUGUAGGCUCGGGAAGGUCGGCUGAGAGGUGUCACCCCUUUUUCCUUCUAUUGCAUAAGUGGAAAGGAUUUGAGUGGACCGAGGAAUGUGCUGCGGCAUUUCAGCAGUUGAAAGAGUUCCUGUCCAGGCCGCCUAUCAUGUCUAGCCCUGAGGUGGAUGAGGUCCAAUUUGCUUAUCUGGCAGUUGCCUCGCAUGCAGUUAGUUUUGUCUUAAUACGAGAGGACAGCGGCGUCCAAAGACUAGUUUAUUACGUAAGUAAGUCACUUCACGAAGCCGAGGUGAGAUACUUACCAUUGGAAAAUGCCAUCUUAGCGGUGGUCCAUGCCACACAUAAACUCCCACAUUAUUUCCAGGCCCACACUAUAGUAGUUUUAACUCAGCUACCGCUCAAGUCCAUACUUAGAAGUGUAGAUUAUACUAGGAGGAUUGCUAAGUGGGGCACAGUCCUAGAUGCUUUCGACAUCAAGUAUAUGCCUCGCACCUCGGUGAAAGGCCAGGUCCUCGCUGACCUAGUAGCCGAGUUCGCUGAGUGUCCAGAAGAAGCUGACAUGAAGCAAAGUGGCAUGGAUGAAAAAUCGGUUGGUCUGAUCUCCACCCAAGGCGCUUCCUCCUGGAGAGUAUAUGUGGACGGAGCGGCAAACCAACGGGGGGCAGGAUUGGGGCUAGUUCUGAUAUCCCCUGAAGAGAUCAUCAUUGAAAAAUCCUUGAGGCUAGGAUUCUUAGCUACUAACAACGAAGCAGAGUAUGAAACUUUGUUGAUGGGAAUGAGUAUGGUCCAGAAAAUGGGUGGAAAAGUAGUAGAAUUAUUCUCGGAUUCAAGAUUGAUAGUCGGACAGGUGAAAGGGGAACUAGAAGCUUGA